UCGGCUCCUUCUCCUUCCCCUGCCGGCCGAAACCCUCUCUCCCCCGUUUACAGGUUUCGCCCAAAACCAUCGCCGUCGUGACCUCCGAAACUCCCAUCUUUCUCCUUUCGCUCCGCUCCGCUCCAAACCCGAAACCUUUGAGGAAGGUUGCCAUUGUAGUUUUGUCCUCGUUGAAAAUCUGAACAAGCAAAAGGAAGCGAAGUUAGCGGACAUGGCUGAAGUAGUAAAAUCUGACAUCUGGGACCAAAUUGAGCUCUCGGAAAGGUAUAUGGUCUGUGGCCUUUUUACUGAAGCUUGCUCCCUCGCUUCUUCUCAAAUUCAAAAUUUAAGGACCUGUUCCUUGGAACAAAUCCCUGAUAUUGAAUUGUCUGGAAUGAUUGAGUCAGCUGGAAUGGUGUUUGUUCAGUCAUUGAGAGAAUUGGGAAGGACAGCUGAAUUGUUUGCUGAGCUUAAAAUACUUUUUGGUUCAGUGGAAGCAAUACCAAUUCGUGUAUUUCUAACGGGGACCUGCUUGCAAAUAUCUGAAGGAAUAACUUCAAAUCUUAGAACAAUCUUUGAAGAUUUUCUUAAGAAAUGGAGAUAUGUGGAUAACGAUCAUUAUGUAUUUCUUGAAGAAGACAAUAAUUUUUCAAAAUGCCCAUGGCAAUCAGUUAUGGAUUCAGAAAAAUAUUUAGAAGUUGCAGAAGUUUUUGCUAUGGUUCUCCUUGGGAAGGUUCUACAUGAGCCUGAACUUGCCAUUUCUUGGACAGAGAAAUUAGAUAUGCCUGAAGAUAAACGUCAG